CUAAUAUUUCUCAAGUAUUUAUUUUCAAUGAGAAAAAUAAUAUAAUUCCGGUCAAUAAAUUGCACGAAAAGUCUUACGAAGUAUUCAGUAUUACUUCUUCUUUAAAGCAAUUAUGUGGAUAUGUCUUCGCUAGGUUCAGUGGUAAUAAUAAUUAGCACAAUUAUAGUGCCAUUACUUAAUGCAACUUUAACAACUCAAUGUUAUGGAAAACAAUAUGGAGAUAUUUACAGAGAUCCCAGUGACUUACAUGGAUAUUUUGUCUGUAAAAGUGACUUUGUUUCAUAUAAAAAAUGUGAUUUUGGCUAUGAGUUAAAUGAAUCUUAUCAAAAAUGUGAAGAAGAUGACAAUAGAAUUUUAAUACGACACCGGAGAGAUGCGGAAGAAUCAACCGAUUUGUCUGAAAGUGAGAGUGAUACAAGUGUAACUGAUUCUGGUGAAACAACUGUGCCCUCAGACUCACCAUCGCCAUCGCAAGGUGAGAACUCAUCAAGCGCAACUGAUUCAACUGUAACUACUUCUGGUGAAGCAACUGCGGCUUCAGACUCACCAUCGCAAAGCACUGAAGGUGAGAACUCAUCAAGCGCAACUGAUUCAACUGUAGCUACUUCUGGUGAAACAACCGUGACCUCAGACACAACAACACCAUCCCAAAGCACUGGAGGUGAGACCUCUUCAGGUCAAACUGAUACAACUGUUACUUCUUCUGGUGAAACAACCGUGACCUCAGACACAACAACACCAUCCCAAAGUACUGGAGGUGAGACCUCUUCAGGUCCAACUGAUACAACUGUUACUUCUUCUGGUGAAACAACCGUGACCUCAGACACAACAACACCAUCCCAAAGCACUGGAGGUGAGACCUCUUCAGGUCCAACUGAUACAACUGUAACUUCUUCUGGUGAAACAACCGUGACCUCAGACACAACAACACCAUCCCAAAGCACUGGAGGUGAGACCUCUUCAGGUCCAACUGAUACAACUGUUACUUCUUCUGGUGAAACAACCGUGACCUCAGACACAACAACACCAUCCCAAAGUACUGGAGGUGAGACCUCUUCAGGUCCAACUGAUACAACUGUAACUUCUUCUGGUGAAACAACCGUGACCUCAGACACAACAACACCAUCCCAAAGCACUGGAGGUGAGACCUCUUCAGGUCCAACUGAUACAACUGUUACUUCUUCUGAUGAAACAACCGUGACCUCAGACACAACAACACCAUCCCAAAGUACUCAAGGUGAGACCUCUUCAGGUCCAACUGAUACAACUGUUACUUCUUCUGGUGAAACAACCGUGACCUCAGACACAACAACACCAUCCCAAAGCACUGGAGGUGAGACCUCUUCAGGUCCAACUGAUACAACUGUAACUUCUUCUGGUGAAACAACCGUGACCUCAGACACAACAACACCAUCCCAAAGCACUGGAGGUGAGACCUCUUCAGGUCCAACUGAUACAACUGUAACUUCUUCUGGUGAAACAACCGUGACCUCAGACACAACAACACCAUCCCAAAGCACUGGAGGUGAGACCUCUUCAGGUCCAACUGAUACAACUGUAACUUCUUCCGGUGAAUCAACCGUGACCUCAGACACAACAACACCAUCCCAAAGCACUGGAGGUGAGACCUCUUCAGGUCCAACUGAUACAACUGUAACUUCUUCUGGUGAAACAACCGUGACCUCAGACACCUCAGACACAACAACACCAUCCCAAAGCACUGGAGGUGAGACCUCUUCAGGUCCAACUGAUACAACUGUAACUUCUUCUGGUGAAACAACUGUGACGUCAGACACAACAACACCAUCCCAAAGCACUGGAGGUGAGACCUCUUCAGGUCCAACUGAUACAACUGUAACUUCUUCUGGUGAAACAACCGUGACCUCAGACACAACAACACCAUCCCAAAGCACUGGAGGUGAAACCUCUUCAGGUCCAACUGAUACAACUGUUACUUCUUCUGGUGAAACAACCGUGACGUCAGACACAACAACACCAUCCCAAAGCACUGGAGGUGGGACCUCUUCAGGUCCAACUGAUACAACUGUUACUUCUUCUGGUGAAACAACCGUGACGUCAGACACAACAACACCUUCCCAAAGCACUGGAGGUGAGACCUCUUCAGGUCCAACUGAUACAACUGUAACUUCUUCUGGUGAAACAACCGUGACCUCAGACACAACAACACCAUCCCAAAGCACUGGAGGUGAGACCUCUUCAGGUCCAACUGAUACAACUGUAACUUCUUCUGGUGAAACAACCGUGACCUCAGACACAACAACACCAUCCCAAAGCACUGGAGGUGAGACCUCUUCAGGUCCAACUGAUACAACUGUUACUUCUUCUGGUGAAACAACCGUGACCUCAGACACAACAACACCAUCCCAAAGCACUGGAGGUGAGACCCCUUCAGGUCCAACUGAUACAACUGUAACUUCUUCUGGUGAAACAACCGUGACCUCAGACACAACAACACCAUCCCAAAGCACUGGAGGUGAGACCUCUUCAGGUCCAACUGAUACAACUGUUACUUCUUCUGGUGAAACAACCGUGACGUCAGACACAACAACACCAUCCCAAAGCACUGGAGGUGGAAGUUCAUCAACAUCUACAGACAUUACUACCACUGAGAAUACACCCUCUUCCAGCAUUGGUCCAACAUCAUCUUCUGGGCAUCCGUGUCCUACAGUUCCGUUUCAGCUUGACUGUACAAAACUAGCUGAUGGAACAGUUGCUGUAGAUAACAUCGAUUGUAGUAAAUUCUAUUACUGUAAGAAGGGUGUAACAUAUUCUGGUCGCUGUAGCACUGGUCUCUGGUUUGAUGUAGAACAUAACGUUUGCAAUUUUCCAGCAGUUGUUGACUGUCCUUCACAUGGAUGCAAACCUAUUGUUACAACAACAACUGAAACAACAUCCCCUACAACAGUAUCCUCAACAACAGUUCAGUCCACAAAAACAACAUCAACGACUAUUUCUACUUCAAGUAUUGGGCCAACAUCAGCUUCGGGACAUCCUUGUCCAGCAAAGCCAGUUGAACUUGACUGCACUGAUAAAGCAGAUGGUGUGGCUGCAGCUGAUACUUUUGACUGCAACAAGUUCUAUUACUGUAGAAAGGGUAUAACUCAUUCCAGUUACUGUAAGAAUGGCCUUUGGUACGAUGCUGAACAUAGCCGGUGUGCACCUUCUGAGUCGGUUAGUUGUCCCUUCUACGGAUGCCCGUCUACAGAAACAACAACAUCAUCAACAAGUUCAUCAACUUCAACAACCGUAACAGGUGUUACAGUCCCAACUUUACCACCAACUUCAGUUUCCGGAUACCCUUGCCCUGCAAAGCCACUCGAACUAGAUUGUACUGGUAAACCAGAUGGAACAGCUGUAGCUGAUAUAUUCGAUUGCAACAAAUUCCAUUACUGUAGAAAGGGUAUAGCUCAUUCUAGUAACUGUAAAAAUGGCCUGUGGUACGAUGCUAAUCAUAACCGGUGUGUACCUUACGGGUCUAUUAGCUGUCCAUACUAUGGAUGCGUUUCUUCUGAAACAACAACGUUAUCAACAAGUUCAUCAACUUCAACACCUGUAACAGAUGCAACAAUCCCAACUCAACCACCAACUUCAGUUUCCGGACAUCCAUGUCCAGCAAAGCCAUUGGAGCUCGAUUGCACUGGUAAACCAGAUGGAACAGCUGUAGCAGACUUUUUCGAUUGCAACAAAUUCUUUUACUGUAGAAAGGGUAUAGCUCAUUCCAGUAACUGUAAAAAUGGACAAUGGUACGAUGCUGAUCAUAGCCGAUGUGUACCUUCCGGGUCCAUUAGCUGUCCAUACUACGGAUGCGCAUCUUCUGAAACAACUACACUCUCAACAAGUUCAUCAACUUCAACAACAACCGUAACAGGUGUUACAAUCCCAACCUUACCACCAACUUCAGUUUCCGGACACCCUUGCCCAGCACAACCACCACAACUUGAUUGCACUGGUAAACCGGAUGGGCUAGCUGUAGCGGACUUGUUCGAUUGCAACAAGUUCUAUUAUUGUAGAAAGGGUAUAACUCAUUCUAGUAACUGUAAAAAUGGCUUAUGGUACGAUGGGAAUACUAAUCGUUGUGCAGCUCGUGAGUCUGUUAGUUGCCCCUUCUAUGGAUGCAAUCCUAAUACAACCAGAACAACAAUCAAAUCAUUCACCUUUGGAUAACUGUUCUCAUCUAGGUUGCAAAGAUUAUGUUUAUACACAAUUAUUAUUGUUAUUCAAAUUAAAUAAAUAACUUUCAUUCAUUGCUUAAAAUAAAA